CUCCCAUAGACUUCCAUAGGAAACAAUGGCGGCGCUUUUCCCCGGCUACUUCCACGUUAUGCUGAGCUCAAAAGUUCCUAACUUUGACAUUCACGGCUUUAGCCCCAUUCACUUCCAUUGCUUUCUGCCUGAUAUUGUCAGUGGUAAGUAGACAAAGACAUCACAGAAAGCUGUUAUCUAACUAUCUGGUGCAUCAGUGAACAGGGAAAUGGAAAUAAAAUGAGAGAUGUCAGUAUCGAGCUCCUCCCACCAUCAGACCCAUAGAUGCAAUGGCUGAGCAGGAGUCCAACUGAAGAGCGCUUAGAGACCUUAUUCUAACAUGGUGGAUGGACUGUUUCUAUUCAGCUUUAGCAUUAUUCUGGUGACAAGACAGGAACAGGGUAGCAGAAUGUCUCCUUCACCUUCAGAUCCACCCCACAUACCCUGCUCUAUCGGCCUCCUGGGCCUGUGUGUCUUCUUGGGUGUGCAUUCAACAUUAAGCAAAUUGGUGUUCUCAGCUGUGCCAGAGGACAGCAUUGGCGUGUUAAAUCAGCCACUGAUGCUGCACUGUGCGGCAUAUGAUUCAAGCCUGCAGAAAGUGCUGCCUGUUGCCUGGGAGAAGGACUUGCGUGGAACUCCAGUUGCUCUUGGUUCAAAGAUGCAUCAAAUGGCCAAUGGGUCUCUGCUCUUCAUCCAGCUUCAGGAAGAAGACCUGGGAACAUAUACAUGCAGUGCUAGCACAGGCUUCAGCAACAUCAGGACCACAGUCAGCAUCUAUAAAGCUGAUUUAGAAGAUGUUUUCUUCAGUCCACUCUCUCAGACGGCGCAGGAGGGUCAGCUGGUGUUUCUUCAGUGUGUGUCUGGAGACAGCUCACCUGCUGCUCACAUCACCUGGCUGAAGGAUGGAAAACCACUCAGCAGAGGAACUCAGAUUCAGGGUCAGUAUGGUGGUGGGAAUGACAAGAAGACCUCAGGGACACUCAAAAUAGAGCACGUCUCACAGGAAGACGAGGGGGUCUAUGUCUGUGUUACUCAUAAUCCUCUUUUAAAUAUCAGCAGAGAGAGCAACAUGGCAACUUUAACCUUGUCUGACUCUGAUAUUGAUUUGGAGAUUGUACGAGGCCCUGAAAACAUAACUGUAGCUACAGAGACAGAGGCAGCAUUUCACUGCUCUGUACGAGGAUUCCAUGAUCCCAUCGUGCACUGGUUUAAAGAUGGCAAGUCUUUGGGUAAUGAAUCUCGCCAAAGCCUUCAGCACCAUGGACAGCUCCUUAUUAUAAGGAAUGUGUUGGAGGAAGAUGAGGGAUUCUAUCAUUGUGAGGUAAAAAAUGAAAAUGACCUGGUGAUAUCCAAGCCAGCCUAUCUCCUUCCAGCAGUGAUGGAGUGGACCUUUCAGAGAGAGCCAGCCAAUGCUACAGUGAAGAGGGGAGGCGAGGCAACUCUGGUUUGCAGGCCACCGGCUAGCAGGCCUUCUGCUACAGUGAACUGGUUCAAAAACAACUGGUUACUCAGUCCUGCAUCACAUUUCAGUAUUGAGCCAAAUGGGGAUCUCUUCUUCCACAGCGUGAAGGAUUCAGACAGAGGGAUGUACUUCUGUAGAGCAACAAAUAGUUACCUCCCUAGAGAUGUCACAUCCAGAAAGGUUUAUCUCGAAGUGCUGGCUCCUCCAUCUGUGUCUGUCUGGCCAUCCAUGUUGACGGCCCCUAUUGGGGCAGAGGUGGUAAUAAGAUGCCGCGUGUCUGGGCAUCCUGCCCCACUCAUUGUGUGGUCCAAACAGGGGCAUUCGGUGAUGACAGGUGGGAAAAUCACUAUUGGAGUGAGAAAUGCUACUCUCUUCAUCUCCUCUGUGAGAAGGUAUGAUGAGGGCACAUACACAUGCAAGGCUUUUAACACCAUGGGUCAGGAUGAGAGAGUGGCUACUUUACGUGUUGCAGUGAGCCCAGUCAUCAUGUUAUUUCAGAAGUCAGUGAGCAGUGUGGUGGGUAGCACUGUGACCUUGCCAUGUCGAGCCAUAGGAGAUCUUCCCAUCACAUACACCUGGACCAGGGGUUAUCAGGGGUCCCUCUCUUCCUCACUACCAGGACACAUAGACAAUAAUGGCACAUUACACCUGUUAGACAUCCAGUGGGAUGCAGCAGGAGAGUAUCAUUGUAUCGCUGAGAACCUGGCAGGGCGAGAUCAGCUGAGCACCAUCCUUUCCAUUUCUGCAGUAGAGGAGAAUCCUCCAGAUGAAGACAUUGUGACAUUUACUUCACUCACAAAUAUAAGUCAACAGAAUACUACUAACCUGAACUUAUCAACUGAUUCAGACACAAGAAGUGAUCAACAGUAUGAUAAUUACAUAAGAAAAUCAGGCGCUCUCCUGAAAGACUCACCAAUCAAUUCUGAAACGGUUUCAACAUCUGAUAUUGUAACUUCAUUCACAUUAUUACCUAAUUCAGAAAGUUCAGGAUAUGAGAAACUUGAGCAUUACAUUGGGCAACCAAAAAGUGAUACGUCAAAGUUAUCCGAUUUUAGUGAUACGUCAAAGUUAUCCGAUUCUAUUUUUCAAAACACAGAUAGGAUAACUCCAUCUCCUCAGCCCCUAGAGCCCAACCUAAUACAUACACAGACACAGCCACCAACACUUCAUGUGACGGUAUCCAUAUCAAGUGAUCAGCUCACACAUUUGCCUACAAUCACCCCACACAACACUGGAGCCCAAGUUUCAAACAAUUACUUGAAUACUAAGCCUUCUUUCCUAAACACCCAGACACCAAGCUUGUGCUUGCUUCCGGUUGAGUCGCCAACCCAGACUCUUUCUCAGAUAACAAAUCCAUCUACAGAAUUUCCACCAGCUCCACCUUCACACCCCCUUCUAGAAAAACAUGACAUCCCCAUUGUAGUUGGAGUUGGGGUCUCCCUUGCUUUUAUAUUCAUUACUAUGGCAUUCUACUCUUUGGUGCAGAAGAAUGAUUCUACUGCCCCUACAAGCCGAGGAGGUUGGAAAGACUUCUUUCACUGUGUCCAUUUUUGCAGAGCUCAGAGGAAUUUUGGAGUCCCUCCCAGACACGGAGAACGUUUGGUUACAGGAAGGACCUAUGACAACAGGGCUUUUGAAGAUGAUAACCUUGUGGCUGUUAUUGAGCAAAGUCCAAACACUUCCAACACCAGACCCCGUGACUCCACCCACAGUACCUCCACCCUGAUGAUGAAGCCAAUAUGCAACAUCUUAGAUGAGGUCUCUGCCCACAAAGAUUUGCCAGUCAUUGUAGAAACUCAUCAGAGUCAACAAGAGUCAAUCUCAGAGGAGCAGACCCCUCAGCCCUCUGCUACGCCUGUUCACCACAGCAUCAACAUCUCUCACGCCUCCUCCUCUUCCUCCUCUCUUCUCCUCUCAAACUGUGUCUCUUUGGGAGUGACUACUGUGGCGGUGCACUUCUUCCCCUCAGCUGUUGUUGCCACCACCCAUUCCACCCCACCAGUACUUAGCCAAGAGGUGGGCUUCCAAAUGGCCACUGCCGUGUCAGAGCCAGAGCAGCAGAAUACACACAUCCUGCAUCCUGGACCCAGCUAACGGUCUGCUCAAUGCAUCUGUCCGAGUCAGACAGAUAAAGUUUCAAACAUCCUCUCUGUAUAAGAAGCCAUUUGUGAGGAGAACUGUCCGUGUUAUUGGACAGGUACUGAUUAUAUGUAGUCUAUCCAAGACUUAGCAAUAGGAUUCACUGUGCGCUAAAAUAAGAAACUGCAGUUCACUUUCUAAUUUCAAAGCUACUUUUUCUUAAAGACUUUUGACAUUGUGUGCCACCAUUCACUUAAUGGGCUUACAUUAGACAUUGUACUGUUCUGUCACACAAUCUCUGAUUUGUGUUUGCUUGUAUCUAAUUUUGAUUUUCUUAAAGUUAACUCUGGUGUGGUACGUUAAAAGGCAUUUGCACUGUCAGUGUUUUGUAAGCAGUGCUUUAGAAUACUACAACUAAAUGAAUUGCAAGACGCAGUUGAAUGUGAAUGCUGUGUAAAACUAGCAUAACUGUUACAUCAUCUGGAAACCAGAAUAACAAUACCCAGGGUCAUUUUAAAAAGGAAAAUACCUAAAAAUUUGCUGACUGAAGCUUCUUAAAACGUUUUUAUGCUACACUCCUCUAUGACCAUAAACUAAAUAUAUUUGAUGUGUAGACGAAACAAGGCCUUUGGGGACAAAUUUGCGGGCUUUAUGGAAUACUGAUCAGAAAUUGUAAUUUUUUCACCAUUUUCUGACAUGUUAUUAAACAACUUCAGAAAAUAAUCAACAGAAUAAUUGGUUAUGAAAAUAGUUUAGUUUAGCCCUAAUGUAAAUUGAUAUGGCUUAGCAUUCUAUUCACAUAAUCAAAGUAUGCGCAAGUGAUGAUAUGGGGAAAGCAAUGAUAAUAUAGUACAAUCUGUGUAGUGGAUACAAUAGACCAGAGGUUCUCAAGUUCCAAAGGUCAAACUAAACGGCAAGGCACACCGACCGUUACUCAUUAUGAAGUAUCACACACAUUAUUAUAGGCUGUAACAGGGGUGUUCAUUUUAUGAGACAUAUAAAAGUGCAUCGUGUUUCUCAAAAUUCCAUGGCACACUCACUCUGCCUCAUGGUGCACCAGUUUGAGAACCACUGCAAUAGACCCUAUAGUUGUGAUUCUGGAAAUUCUGGGAGUUUCCGUUAAUAUUCAGAAAAAGUUACCUCGGGUAAAGGUUUCUUGCAGUGCAACUGAAAUGAAACUGCAAGUGUGGAUGACACAGCAGAGGGUCCUAACAAGCCACGUAACUUGUUCUGAUAGCCUACAUGCAGGAUUAAAACUGUUAAACUAAGGUACAGCCAAGUGAACAGCAGUGCAAAUGCCCAAACAUGUUUUGGGCACCAAGGGUAAAUGUUUAUUUGCUGAAUUUGUUUACAUUUACAUUGUGUAUAGCGUGAUGAUGUUAAGACUUUUUAUUGGUUCUCUUGUUCUUUAUUGGUUACAAAAAUGCCUUUUGCAAUUUCCUUGCAAAAAAAAUCAUACAAACAGACUGUUAUUUCCACACUGAUAUAAUUAUACAAGCUACUGUAUGGCUGAAUUUUCCAAUAAAAAAUAAAUAUCUUUGUUUAUCCAUUCAGCUUCAUUUCUUCAUGCACCAAUGUGCUAAUGUCAACAUCUCUUCAUAAAACACUACCUGGACAAACAGGGAUGGACUGGGACUAAAAAAGACCCUGGACUUUCUUCCGACACACACACACACAAUUAUCAUAAAACUGUUUCAUAAUACCAUGCCAGUCAAGGUAUCACAUUUGACAAACAAAUAUUAUUGUUUUGCCACAUGGCCUCAUUCAUACAAGUAAAUCAACAGGGAUGUCAUAGACAAUUAUGGUGGGGGUCAUCAAUAAAAAGUGUGUCUGUUAAUAAUUUUAGGAGUAGGAGGAUAUAACAGGCAUUGCACAAACAACCUGAUCAGCUUGAUGCUUGAUGCACAGUAGAUCUCAAGAUUUGCACUAGGAUCUACAGAUAAAUGCUAUCCAUCAGCUUUUAUCUGGUGGUGCUUAAUUAAGGUUCUAUAUGUAAGUAAUGUAUUCUAAUAAAUCAUAAAAUGAAACAUCAUCAGAGAUUAAGAAAGUAUGUUACAUUGAAAUCCUUGCUUCUCUGACAACAGUGGUGAAGCUACUGUAUUCCCUUUUUUUGUAAUUAUUUUUUAUUGUAUGAAGUUAUUAGGGUCAGCACCUUACAAAUGAAGAUACCAUUCAAACUAAAUACUUGCAGAGGGGAAAUAACAGCAGUUUUUAAAUUACAUUUCUCUCUAAACACGUUCAAUAAAA